AGCAGCACGCGAGCCACGCGUGGCGGCCGUGAGAGUGUGUGAGUGCGCGUGUGUGUGGUGCCGCGUGUGACGACAGUGUGACGACAGUGUGACGACAGUGUGACGACAGUGUGACGACAGUGUGACGACAGUGUAACAGUGGCGGGCUCGGCGUGACGCGGCCCGGCAAGGAUCUUUACCCUUCAAGUCAUCACGGCGGCCGCACCGGAACAACUCCACCACCGUUCGAGAUGGUCAUCAUGAUGGAGCCAGGGUCCUGCGCGACAGCUGGCGAGGGCGUCCGGUUCCCGGUGUCCGGGUUCAGCCCGCGAGCCGCGGCGCCCCAGCCUCAGCCCCUGACGGCGAGGCAGCCCAGCACGCACAGCGCGCACAGCACGCACAGCCAGCACGCCGACUGGGACAUCAACGACACCACCAUCCCCAAGGUCUCGGCGUUCGACGAGUGGGUGGAGUGGGCGGACGGCCACUGCCGACUGGUGCUGCCCGCGGCCAGCGAGGAGGCCAAGCGCCACGCGUCCGGCUGGGCCAUGCGCAACACCAACAACCACAACGUGCACAUCCUCAAGAAGUCCUGCCUGGGCGUGCUGGUGUGCUCGGCGCGCUGCAUGCUGCCGGACGGCGGCAAGGUGCACAUGCGGCCCGCCAUCUGCGACAAGGCGCGCAAGAAGCAGCAGGGCAAGGCGUGCCCCAACCGCGCCUGCGCCGGCCGCCUGGAGGUGCUGCCGUGCCGCGGCCACUGCGGCUACCCCGUCACGCACUUCUGGAGGCACACGGAGCACGCCGUCUACUUCCAGGCCAAGGGCAGCCACGACCACCCCCGGCCCGAGGUCAAGACGUCCGUCGAGACGAGGAGAGGCCUUCGCGGCGGCCGCGUGCUGAGGCGGGGGGCGCGCGCCCUCCGCGCCAGCGGCAUGUCCGCCAGCAGCGCCGCGGCCGCCGUCGCGCAGGUCGCCGCCGCGCAGUCCGCCCGGCCGCGGACGCUGCCGCCGCCCCUCAUCGCGGACCCUGCAGGUUCUUCGUGCUCGUGUCCGCCGUUCGAGUGCCUGUGCAAGCCCACGCUCCCCUUCCAGCCCCUGCAGCCGCUGCCGCCGCCGUCCGUCAACUACAGCGUGGCGCCGCACGCCGGCCCGCACGGCGCCCAGCACGCCGCGCCCUACUGGCUGGACGACCCCGCGGCCGCCAUGCAGCCCCUGCCGCUGGCGCACUCGCACGCCGAGGCCAUGUACCCGCCGCCGCAGCCCGCGCAGGAGUUCCUGGUGCCCGAGGAGGACAUGCUGCGCUACGACUUCCCGCACAUCGACGGCGACCUGUUCCAGCCCGAGGAGAUCUUCCAGCUGGACGCGCCACUGCGGCCGAUGCCCGUGCCCCAGCAGCAGGGCCUCGGCGGCCUCGGCCAGCAGCCCGUGCGGUCGUGCGCGUACGAGCGCGGCCAGUCGCCGCCCACGCUGCUCGUGCUGGGCAACAGCAACACCAGCUUCCACUCGGACGAGCAGACGACGUGCUCGGACGACAGCAGCACCAGCGGCCGCCUGGCCUUCCCCCCGCCGCCCGCCGUCGGCGCCGUCGGCGCCGUGCCCAUGGACGUGUACGGCAACAGCCACUGCUCGCCCGCGCCCGGCGACACGCCUUACUUCGAGGCGGACGCCGCCAAGCCCGCCCCCGCCGUGGCCACCGCCACCGGCGGCUCCGGGGAGUGGCUGUGCGACGUCAAGCCCAAGCCGGAGCUCAAGGCGGACAGCCUCAUGGAGGACCCCGGCCGCUUCCGGGCCUGGGGAUUCCACGUGACCGGCGACGACCUGCCGGAGCAGCAGCACCUCGACUGGCAGCACUACGACGCCUACAAGUACGGCGAGUACAACAACAACAAUAACAACAACAUGGAGGACUACGGGUACGGCAUGCACGCGGGCGUGCACCCGGGCGUGGACGUGGACAAGGACUGCCACGCCAGGACGUUCGCCGUGCCCGUGCCUCGGCGGGACUGCGGCAAAUGGGCAGGCGACGUGUACGGCGGGGACGUGUGUUCGUGA